AUGGCCGCCGCCGCCCGACCCCUCGUGUCCGUCCAGCCACUGGAGAACGAUAUGGCCACCGACGGAGGCUCCACCGGCGCCAACUCCGUGCCCCUCCCCGACGUGAUGAAGGCCGCCAUCCGCCCCGACAUCGUCACGUUCGUCCACGGCCAGAUCUCCAACAAUGCCCGCCAGCCCUACGCCGUCUCCAGACGCGCCGGCCACCAGACCUCCGCAGAGUCCUGGGGCACCGGCCGCGCCGUCUCCCGUAUCCCCCGCGUUCCCGGCGGCGGCACACACCGCGCCGGACAGGGAGCCUUCGGGAACAUGUGCCGCGGCGGGAGGAUGUUCGCGCCGACCAGGAUCUGGCGCCGCUGGCACCGUCGCGUCAACGUCACCCAGAAGCGCCACGCCAUCGUCUCCGCCAUCGCCGCCUCCGCUGUCCCCUCGCUUGUUUACGCUCGGGGGCACAGGAUCGAGGAGGUCCCCGAGCUGCCCCUCGUCGUCUCCGAUUCCGCUGAGGCCGUUGAGAAGACCAACGCCGCCGUCAAGAUCCUUAAGCAGGUCGGCGCCUUUCCUGACGCCGAGAAGGCCAAGGACAGUCACUCGAUCCGCCCUGGAAAGGGGAAAAUGCGCAACCGUCGCUACAUCUCGAGGAAGGGACCCCUCGUCGUGUACGGGACUGAAGGAGCAAAGCUCGUCAAGGCUUUCCGCAACAUCCCUGGCUUGGAGGUUGCCCACGUGUCCCGCCUGAACCUCCUCAAGCUUGCGCCCGGAGGCCAUCUUGGGAGAUUCAUCAUCUGGACCAAGUCUGCCUUCGAGAAGCUUGAUGAGAUUUACGGGACUUUUGAUAAGCCAUCUGAGAAGAAGAAGGGGUAUGUGCUGCCCAGGACUAAGAUGGUGAAUGCUGACCUGGCCAGGAUCAUCAACUCCGAUGAGGUGCAGUCUGUGGUGAAGCCAAUCAAGAAGGAAAUCAAGAGGGCUCCCCUGAAGAAGAACCCGUUAAAGAAUCUGAAUGUGAUGUUGAAGCUCAAUCCGUAUGCUAAGGCUGCUAAGAGGAUGUCACUGCUGGCUGAGGCACAGAGGGUUAAGGCUAAAAAGGAGAAGCUUGACAAGAAGAGGAAGCAGAUCACUAAGGAGGAGGCAGCUUCAAUUCAAUCUGCUGGCAAGGCCUGGUACAAGACUAUGAUCUCCGAUAGUGACUACACAGAAUUUGAGAACUUCUCGAAGUGGUUGGGCGUGUCUCAGUAA